CUCUCUCUCCUGCGGUCUGCAUGUAUGGCUGGUGUCUGCUGCAGCAAGUGAGCACAUGUCCAGAGCAAACACAGCCAGGCUCUGCGACUGACUUCAGGCUGGAAGUAAAUAUUUUGUAGAAACUUUGGUUCGUGGUGACACUUCAAAUCCUCCAAGGCUUUUUUGAGUUUCAUGUGUCUUUCUAAGAAAACUGGAUUACUCCUGCUCUACAACUUGCUUUCUUUAGAGGAUUAGCAUCUUAAAGCUUACCUUUUUGUGGUAAGUGAUGGACCUUAAGUUUUGGCAAGAAUUGGAAGAUCUCCCUGUUUCAAGAAUUGUUUUGUGAUCUGGGAGAGUUGUAUUGAUGCUGAGUGACAACAACUGAACCUCUCCACAUCAAUAAGACUUUGGGACAUUGGUUCAGACUACCAAACACUAGCUGACGGCUGUACUUCAGAUCCCUUCAUCAUCAAGACAUUUUACUGGAUCUGGAUCAGUUUUACCCUAUUUUACCUUUUAAAUCACCUUAACUUGCAUUGCAGGUGCAGACGGAAUACACCAAUGCAACUGUGAGCGUCUCAGGUCUCUGGCCAGCUUGCAUGCAGGUGUGAUGCUCGGUUACUGUGUCUGAUACAAUUGGUUGUCUGGGAAACAAAGACAGAUGAGGACAUCCACAACUCCACAACAAUUCAGCGAAAGUCUAUUUCAAUUUUAAAACUGCUUCACUGCAUUGUUGGAUAUAAAGUAUAAAUAUCCAGAACUAAAAGACUGCAUAUUCGCACCAUGACCCCAGUGACCUGUAAAUUGCAGCAGAACUUUGCUCGCCUCCUUCCCUUUGUCCUGCUGUUGCUCCUCCAGGCCUGGCAGGGGUGCUGUCACCCUCAGUGUUUGGACUACAAGCCUCCGUUUGAGCCUCGGCAGUCACUGGUCUUCUGUAAAGAAUAUUCCAAGUUUGGAUGCUGUGAUUUGGAAAAAGAUGAAGAGAUAUCAAGUAGAUUUUACAGCAUCAUGGCAAACUUUGACCAUUCAGGCUACUUUACCUGCGGCAGGUACAUACGCAGCAUCCUCUGUCAGGAGUGUUCCCCAUACUCAGCACACCUGUACGAUGCAGAAGAUGCUAACACACCGAUGCGGAUGCUGCCUGGAUUGUGUUCAGAUUACUGCUUGGACUACUGGAACCAGUGUCGGUACACACUCAGUCUCCUGAUGGAGGACUUGGGGAACCCUCCACAGUUUGCAAACCUGACUGCAACCAUAGAAGAAGACAGCAAGAAGUUCUGUAAUUUUCUGGAGCUGAAGGACAAACAGUACUGCUACCCUAAUGUACUGAGUAAUGCAGAGCUCAAUGCUAACCUCGGCUUUGUGCGUGAGGAUCCAGAAGGAUGUCUAGAGCUAUGUUUGGAGGAAGUUGCAAACGGGCUUCGUAACCCUGUGGCCAUGAUCCACGCAGAUGAUGGAACGCAUCGCUUCUUCGUGGCAGAGCAGCUGGGUUACGUUUGGGUCUAUCUGGCUAACGGCUCCAGGAUUGAUCGUCCUUUCCUCAACCUCACCCGUGCUGUCCUCACAUCGCCAUGGUCUGGAGAUGAGAGGGGAUUCCUCUGCAUAGCUCUACACCCAAGGUUCACUGUGGUUAGAAAGGCCUAUGUGUACUACUCUGUGUCUGUAAAGAAAGAGGAGAGGAUCAGAAUUAGUGAGUUUACACUCUUACCACAUGAUGACAACCAACUGGACCACUCCUCUGAAAGAACUGUUCUUGAGGUGGUAGAGCCGGCAUCCAAUCACAAUGGAGGGCAGCUUCUUUUUGGCCAUGACGGCUAUCUGUACAUCUUCAUUGGUGAUGGCGGCCGAGCUGGGGACCCAUUUGGGAAGUUUGGCAACUCACAGAACAAGUCAACGCUUCUUGGCAAGGCGCUGCGCGUUGAUGUUGAAGACAACGAUGAUAGUGCCCCAUACAGCAUUCCUCCUGACAACCCCUUCUUGGAGGAGAAGGAAAGUAGACCAGAGAUUUACGCCUAUGGAGUUCGCAACAUGUGGCGCUGCUCCAUUGACCGUGGUGACCCCAUCACAGGCCGUGGAAGAGGCAGGAUGUUCUGUGGUGAUGUAGGCCAGAACAAAUAUGAAGAGGUGGACAUCAUCUCUAAAGGAGGCAACUAUGGUUGGAGGGCCAAAGAAGGCUUCAGCUGCUACGACCGCAAACUCUGUCAGAACUCCUCGCUAGAUGACAUCUUGCCUAUCUUUGCCUACCCGCACAAGUUGGGGAAAUCAGUGACUGGAGGAUACAUCUACAGAGGCUGUCAGAUGCCCAACUUGAACGGUCUCUACAUCUUUGGCGAUUUCAUGAGCGGGCGCCUGAUGUCCCUGAAGGAAAACGUCAGCACAGGUGAAUGGCAGUACAAUGAGAUCUGCAUGGGAAGAGACCAGACCUGCAAGUUCCCCAAACUCAUCAACAGCUACUACAAAUACAUCAUCUCUUUUGCUGAGGAUGAAGCAGGUGAACUGUAUUUCUUGGCCACUGGAACCCCGAGCGCCACAGCCAGAGCAGGAAUCAUCUACAAGAUAGUGGACCCCUCAAGGCGAGCACCACCAGGGAAAUGUGCUAUCAAGCCUGCACCUGUUAAAAUAAAAGGAAAACUGAUCCACUUCCACCCGAAAGAAGAGUUUGUUAUCAACAAGAAACCAACCACCACACCUGUCCCCAGGACAACCACAACCACAAAAAAACCACCAAAAAGAAAGUCAACGUCCAUAAAAAUUAUAAAGCCACCAAUGCCAACAAGGAAAACGACAAGAAAAACAUCACUUUCGCCACCACCAACAGUAGCAACAACAAGAAAAACUCCACCACCACCACCACCACCACCAACAACAACAACAACAACAGUAGAAACAACAAGAAAAACAACUUUACAGACAACAAGAAAACCACCAACAAGAAAACCACCACCACCACCAACAACUAUACCAACUAUAAAAGCAACAACAACAAUAAAAACAACUCCAGCAACAACAAUAAAUCCAACAACCAUUCCAACAACUGUCCAGGGGGCCAUGGCAACAACACCAGCCAGAACCACACCCACUGGUUAUCGCACAACCGUCAUGACUGCAGCCUUCCCAAAGAUUGCUCAAACCCCAAUCACCACCACACCCCCAACCAGGAGACAUGGGAAACCCCUCCAGUACCCCCAAAGUACCACCUCCGAACCUUUAUCCUCACUACAACCCACUCCUCCCUCCACACGGCCGCCAUAUUGGAGCCAGAAACCUACAGCAUCAAGCUUCAAGCCCCAGAGACCACCAUUAAACACAACGCUGCCUAAAUCUCAGGAGGAGAGGCUGUGGCUUGGAGUGAAGCUGGAAAGCACCAGAGAAGGUAACCAAAUAUUUAAAAGGACUCGAGGAAGAGAAAGAGCCCACGGGUACAAAGGAGGAAGAGGAAGAAGGCUACGGGCUGGCUCAGUGCGACUGGUGAGCCCUGAUGGUUUAUCAGAUAGAGGACGAAUUGAGAUCUUUUUCCGUGGAGAGUGGGGGACAGUGUGCGACGACCUUUUCAACAGCAAAGCAGGUACUGUAGUGUGCAGACAACUCGGCUUCAAGACCGCAUUGGCUGUGAUGAAGAGGGCCGCUUUAGGGGAGGCAGACAGGAGUGUCCGGAUCCUGUUGGAUGACGUGGAGUGUGAGGGCGAGGAGGGAUCACUGCUACAGUGCAAGAGAUCCAGAGUUGGGAAACAUAACUGCACACAUGGAGAAGAUGUGGGGGUGAUAUGUGGUUAGCACAGAGAAGUGAAAGCACAUAGAAGUAAAGUAUAGGAAGAGGAGGAGAGGAGGAAGAUAUCACAUAAAGGAAGUGACUGGAAUAAACAGAAGAGAGGAGGAAAGUUUUGAAUAGAGAAUGCAUAUUUCUAAGCAUUAACUUGAGUGAUGUCAAUUUGCUUACAUUCCCAUGGAUUUUUUUGUAAGUUUUACAUAUUGUAGCUUUACUCUCUUCCACUGCAUAUGGCGAGGAAUGUUGAUGUAAAACAAGUACUUGUUGUGUGUUUUUGAAUGCCCUAUGCUUCUACAUAUCUCCUGAACUCACUCAGUCCCAUUUGGUAUUCUAACACCAAUUAUUUUAGAUUAUCAACACAUAAAUUAUCCUUUGUGAACUUGACUUUAGUGGAAUUGCUUGUGAAAUCUUACUAAACUGCUUAGACAUGUUAAGAUUGACCAAUCAUCCAAUUUCCCCUGCAUGUGUUGUUAUGUAGUCAUCAAACUGGGGCUCUCAUCAUUUUGGAUUUUCACCUCAUGGGUACUGGGGCCAUACAAAUUUGUAGUAAUGUUAUCACAUUAUUCAUGGCAAAAUUGAUAACACUAUCAGUCAAAUGAAGGAAAGGCAUGACAAGGGUAUGGCAACACUUCAAGAACUGAAAUGCAAUAGACUUACAUCAAUAUUUUUGAAUGAUUUUCAAAGUUAAGUUUAUCCACAUCAUCCAAAGACAGUCAGAAAACGCCAGAGAAGUUCUGAAGAGACUGGUCAACUGUUUUACAGGAGAUAAAAUAGCAUUGAAUAAUCAACAUGUUAUCUAGUCGAGCCUUUCUCUUGUUUAAGUAGGCACUUAACAUACGUUAUCCUGCACUCUCUUUUGGGUUGAUCUUGGUUAAGACAGCAGUAGAAGACUGACUAUUGAGAAGUACAAGUGCAAGUACCCAGUUUGUGAUGUUUGUGGUGUUCCAUCUCCAAUCCAAACUUCUUGUCUCACAGCCCUCAUUUUUCAUGGAUAUGAACAUUUUGAUUGAUCAAAAACUGCCGACAUGGACUGAGUGAAUCUUGGAGAAACUUUAAUACCUUUUAUAUUCUGGUUGUUUGGUUUUUGUUCUUAAAGGCUUUCCUGAUCAUGCAGAACAACUAACAUCCUGUUGAAAAAUCUAUGUUGUAAGAAUAUAUUUGUAUUUUUGUAACGCAUCAUUUCAGCAGAUUUAUUUUCCAAAGAAGGUUUUAUAUUUUGCAUUUGAAUACCCUUUUGAAUGUAGUUUUAAGAUGAAACAAUGUAAAGAGUUUUUUCAACGAAAUGCUGGGCAUUCUGUACGAUGAAUGUAAUAAUGUUUCCAGUGUUAUAAUAGGAGUUAUGAAGGCACAGAGUGCCUGCAGUAUGUAUAAAGUUUGACUGC